UUAAAAUAAUGUUAUUUACUUAAAAAAAUUUCCUUUUUAAUUUUUUUGGUUUUGGUGUUUUUUUUUUCUCUUUCUUUACCUUCUCUUCCACCACAUCAUCAGUUUCUUCGAUUUGUUGAUCUGCUUUUUGGACAUGUUGGUCUCGAUCUUUCCCUUUAAUGGCCACUAAAAAUCCAAGAGAGAGAGAGAGUGUCUCAGUGAGUGAAUGAGAGAGAGAGAGAGAAAGACUGAGUCUUGAGUUGAAUUUCUGUGAUGGGGUUUGGUGUGAGAAAGAUGAAGAGUGAUAAAGUUGGAGAAUUUUGAGUGUGUUUAUGUGUUAUGUGAGCUAUACUUUACUGGGUCUUGUGGGUGUGGCCUUGAUUUGUGUUUGGAUUUGAUAUGGGUGGGUGUUUUCCUUGUUUUGGAUCAUCCAACAGUGAGGGAAGUGAUGUAAAGGAAGUGACCAAGAAAGAUUCAAUAAAAGAUGGCUCAACUCAAUCUCACCAUGUGAGCAGGGUUAGUUCAGACAAAUCAAAAUCUCGAAGUGGUUCAGAUCCUAAGAAGGAACCGUCUAUUCCAAAAGAUGGACCAACAGCACAUAUUGCUGCACAAACAUUUACAUUUCGGGAACUUGCAGUAGCAACAAAGAACUUUAGGCCAGAAAGUUUACUGGGUGAAGGAGGUUUUGGACAUGUUUAUAAAGGUCGGUUGGAGAGCACUGGACAGGUAGUUGCUGUGAAACAGCUUGACAGAAAUGGUCUUCAAGGAAAUCGAGAGUUUUUAGUGGAGGUUCUCAUGCUUAGCCUCUUACACCACCCAAACCUUGUCAACUUGAUCGGUUAUUGUGCUGAUGGAGACCAACGCCUCCUUGUUUAUGAGUUUAUGCCAUUGGGGUCCUUGGAGGAUCAUUUACAUGAUCUUCCACCGGACAAGGAGCCCCUGGACUGGAAUACAAGGAUGAAGAUUGCAGCAGGUGCAGCUAAGGGGUUGGAAUAUUUGCAUGAUAAAGCAAAUCCUCCUGUCAUAUACAGAGACUUAAAAUCAUCCAACAUCCUUCUUGAUGAGGGAUUUCACCCUAAGCUAUCGGAUUUUGGACUUGCGAAACUAGGUCCUGUUGGUGAUAAGACUCAUGUGUCCACACGUGUCAUGGGGACAUAUGGCUAUUGUGCUCCAGAAUAUGCUAUGACAGGUCAACUCACUCUAAAGUCUGAUGUCUAUAGUUUUGGAGUUGUCUUUCUUGAACUUAUAACAGGGCGCAAGGCAAUUGAUAAUACACGAGCUCCUGGAGAGCAUAAUCUUGUUGCUUGGGCACGACCACUUUUCAAGGAUCGUAGAAAAUUUCCCAAAAUGGCUGAUCCACUACUGAAAGGUCGUUAUCCGAUGCGAGGACUCUACCAAGCUCUUGCAGUUGCAGCCAUGUGUUUGCAGGAACAAGCUGCCACUAGGCCUCUAAUAGGGGAUGUUGUCACUGCUCUCACAUAUUUAGCCUCCCAAACAUAUGAUCCAAUUGCAGCUGCUGCAGCAAAUAACAGAGUUGGUCCAUCUACUCCUAGGAGCAGGGAUGAAAGGAGGGGCAUGGCAGAUGGGUUGGAUAGCCCAGAUGAGCUUGGGCGGCUUGGUUCCCCUUCUACUCAUAAAAAUUCACCUGAUUUCAGAAAGAGAGAUGCAAGGGAAUCGAGUACUGGCACAGCGUUAGCCAGGAUUGAAACUGGUGGUGGUUCUGGGAGAAAAUUGGGUUUGGAUGAGUUAGAGCGACAUGAAUCUCAGAGAGAUAGCCCCGUAGGUACUGGGAGAGCAAGGGAAACACCAAGGAAUCGUGAUUUAGAUAGAGAACGUGCUGUGGCAGAGGCAAAAGUAUGGGGUGAGAAUUGGAGAGAGAAGAAGCGGGCAAACGCGAUGGGUAGCUUCGAUGGUACAUAUGAGUAAAUACAUUAAAGCUCCGAGUCAUUUUACAUGAGUCUUCUAGGGAGGAAAUGUUGCAUUGGGAGUAAUCAUAAAGAAAGAGAAUGUGCAAGAUGAAUCAUCCUUUAAUUUCUUGGAGUCCAUGUACACCCAGGAAAUAAUGGGGGUCUUGUAUCCAACCUUGACUGUUGCUUGUCUUAUAUCAUUCUUGUUAUUGAGUACAGAAACUGAACAAUGCGUAAUUAUGUGGUAAUGGAAGGAAUCACAGUUAGAUGGAACAGGGGAGAGGGUUGCUGUUGUGAUAUGGGGCAUUUAGAUGUAAUCCCUCAGCAUAAUGUUGUCUGCAACACGUGUUCAUCUAUGUAUCUAGGAAUUUCAGGAGUCUGUUACAGAGAGCCAUGAAGUCUAAUUUUUGCCCCCAUAUAAUAUUCUGUACGUGGGGAAACUUAGUGGGUUUGGUGUGGGUGUCAGUUACAUCUUGUACUUUCAUAGGUAUAUGGAUUUGAGUUAUGUUUUCGGCUUAUACAGAAAGGUUUGAUCAUAUUGCUCUCAUGUAAUGAUCUCUCUCUCGAAUGGAAUUAAAAUUUUAAAAUA